AUGCAGAGCGCCCUGCUGUUCACGGCCAUUCUCGCCUUCAGCCUGGCUCAGAGUUUCGGGGCUGUCUGUGAGGAGUCACAGGAGCAGGUGGUGCCUGGCGAGGGCCACGGCAAGAAGGACUCGUAUCUCUACCAGCUGCCCCCGUCGUUGCUCCGGAGACUCUAUGACAGCCGCUCAGUCUCCCUGGAUGGAUUGCUUAAAAUGCUGAGCAAGGCUAGCGUGGAUCCUAAGGGAUCAUCGCUUCCCCAGAAACGUGAUAUGCAUGACUUCUUUGUGGGACUUAUGGGCAAGAGGAACAUCCAGCCAGACACUCCUAUUGAUGUGAACCAAGAGAACAUUCCCAGCUUUGGUACCCUCAAGUAUCCCUCCAAUGUGGAAUGA